UUUGCUCUUCAAUAAACUAUGACCUGCUUUCUUAAGCAGUCUCCAUUUUGUUUAUUCCCAGCUUGGACUGGAAUCUGAUGAUGAUUUUUCUUUCAACACAAGUAUUUUAAAAGAACUAGCAUAAAUUGGUUUGCUAAAAAACAAAAGCUAGAAAAACAUUUCAGUGUUUGUCAUGAAAUUGCAUAAAAAGCUUCUUCCAAAAAUUUUUCAUCUACUUAAUUAGGUCUUUUUUUAAUCAGAGCCAUGACUUUGCGGAAGAGUAGAGAAUGAUUUAUGGGCAAGCACACGACCAAGGAUGUUGUGAUCUGCCUGUCUUUUGUAAGACUUUAAAGACUUAGUUUCUAGAUGUUCACUUCACCUUCCUUCCCAUUACCCCAUGUUUUUAUUUUUGUUACUUUAUGGGAAAAAAACAGUGGUAUGAUCAGAGCUUAAAUCACUGUGGACAGGUUCAAAGGACCAUACUCACUUCCAUAUUGCCCUUAUUUAGUCUCCUUCCAGUGUGGACAUGUAUAUGUAUGUCUCAACUGAAAUCUGAAGUAGCUACACAAUCAGAAUUCCAAAUGAAGUCCUAUUUUUAUGGAGACAUUGUAGGAUUUCUCUAUGAUUAUGGAAAGCAAACGUCUUUAUUUGUAUGAUACAACUCACUGGAGGAAGUUAAUUUAACUCCAAACAGGAUGGGGGGGGGGAUCCGUUUGGGAGUAAAGUUAAACCUCUCUGGGUUAAUGGGCUUAUUCAUUUGAUCUGGCUUACUCAUUGACAUGUCAUGUUAAUUCUUGAAAAUCCAGUUAAUCAUGUCAAGUCAGCAGUGCCAUUAAGUAUAUUUUGAUAGUAUAGUUUCUGUCUCUCAUUGCCUGUGACAUCACAUUGCUCUUAUGACACCCAGAUUACAUAGUGGUAGGGGCAGGGAAAAUGGCUUUUCACCACCAAUAUAAAGAGUUUGAUAGGCAGAGAAAGUCAGGCCAUUGUGUUUUAUAUUGAUAACAACUGCUUUCCUUUAAAAACUAUUAAAAAAUCAAUACUUUUCAGGAUGUUUUUUUGGAAAAGAUCUUGUCUUCCCCUCCCACAACCAGCCAAAAAUCACCAAAUAUUAAGGAAAAGAAGCUUGGCUUCAAGGCUCAGGCCUGUGACAAAAUCUAGUUUGAACUUACCAUCAUUAGUCAACUCUCAGAAGCUGAAACACUGUGAUAAGAUGGACGAGAUAAAUGAAGUAUUCCUAAAGCUCUCUAUGCUUUACAACAAUUUACCUGAUCCACUGAGAGAUAUAUUGCUUCAAUGUGCAUGUGAAGAUCAACAAAAGUGUUAUAAGGUUUCCUACUUUGACAAUUUCUCGAUGAAUCUGAUACCUAAAGAGGCAUAUUGUUCGCCACCGCCAAAUCAUAUGCCUCUAACAAAAAGAAAGGUUUCUAACCAGAUUGCCAAUCAACCUAGAGCUUUUGGAGUGUAUAGAGACGAUUUGCCAUUAGCAACUAUCAUUGCAAGAUGGAUACCAAAGACCAUGACAUUUCAAUAUGAUCAUCAAUCAGCUGUUCAAGAGCUUGCAAAUUUUGGUGAUAUUGAAUCUCUUAUCCCUUGUGGAAGACAAACAAUCAUUGUCACAUUCAAAGAAAUUCAUUCUGCGUGCAAAGCAGUGAGUGCUUUCCCGCCUAAUGGCCCGAACAGACAUCUCCAGUGCAUUUGGCAUCAUAAAUUCAUGUCAAAAUACAAAAUUCUAAAAGAGAAAAAAAGAUGGUCAACAGCUGUCCCUCUACACACAAGUGAAAAUCAGCAAGAAGGUAAUUAGGACAAAUAAAAUUGGUCAUUCCAUAUCUUUCUGCCUCUAAUACUCAUUUCUCUCAGUAUAUGUUAAAAUCAUCCACAAUACAAAAAAAAAAUCUCAUUUGUUUAGUGUCAAAAACUGCUGUAAAAGCUUUUUUUUUAAUGAGAUCUGUAUUCUUUAACAUAAAGAGUCUUUCAUAUAAAGAGUCAAGCAGCUAUAACUAUGGUUUAAAUGCAACAGAUUUCUAAUUGCAAUUCUCUUUGCCUCCACAUACAUACAGUCUUUCUCUAUAAAUACUUAGAAAUAAGUUAUAAUUGGUUCUAAGAGAUUUAAACCAGAUAGGGCUGUAUAGAACUGUAGCAUGGAUAUAAUUCAUGGUUUGUUUCAAGGGUAAGAUACAUAGGCCAGUGGUGGCGAACCUAUGGCAUUGGUGCCAGAGGCGGCACUCAGAGCCCUCUCUGUGGGCACGCGCACCGUCGCCCCAGUCCUAGGCCUUCAGCUGGGUUUUAUAAAACCUUUUCA